AUGUCCGUCCCCAGCUAUCCCCCCCGCCAGCUCUACUACGACGGCAAGACGCAGCCCGCCACCUCGGGCAAGACCUUCCCCUCCAUCGACCCCUCCACCGGUCGUGUCAUCGGCGAGAUCCACGAGGCGUCCACCGCUGAUAUCGACGCUGCCAUUGCCUCUGCCGAACGCGCAUUCCCGGCCUGGUCGCAGACGCCUCCCAUCGCCCGCGCCCGCAUCCUCCAGAAGGCCGCGCAGCUGCUGCGCGAGCGCAACGACGAGAUCGCCGCCACGGAAACCCAUGACACGGGCAAGGCGUUCAGCGAGACGAGCGUUGUCGACGUCGCCACGGGCGCCGACGUCCUCGAGUACUUUGCCAAUCUGGUGGGCGGAGGCGGCCUGAAUGGCGAGACGACGCAGCUGCGUGAGGAUGCGUGGGUGUACACCAAGAAGGCGCCGCUGGGCGUCGCCCUCUGGAAGUCCGCCCCCUGCCUGGCAGCAGGCAACACCAUGGUCUACAAGCCCAGCGAAUUCACCUCCCUGCACGGCGAGACGCUCGCCAAGAUCUACACCGAAGCCGGCCUGCCGCCGGGCGUGUUCAACGUCGUCCACGGCGCGGGCGACGUCGGCGCCUACCUGACCUCGCACCCGUCCGUCGCCAAGGUCUCGUUCACCGGCCAGGUGUCCACCGGCAAGAAGGUGGCCUCGACCGCCGCCGGCGACAUGAAGUACGUGACGAUGGAGCUGGGCGGGAAGAGCCCGCUGAUCAUCCUGCCGGACGUCGACCUCGACAUGGCCGUCGACGGCGCGAUGAUGGCCAACUUCUACAGCACGGGCCAGGUGUGCACCAACGGGACGAGGGUGUUCAUCCCGAAGUCUCUGAAAUCCGAGUUUGAGAAGCGCCUCGUCGAGAAGAUGCAGUACGUGCGGCCCGGGCCCGUCAUGGACCCGGCCACGAAUUUCGGCCCUCUCGUGUCCAAAGUCCACUACGACAAGGUCACGGGGUACAUCCGGCACGGGAUCGAGCAGGACCGCGCGACGCUGCUGUACGGCGGGCUGGACAAGCCCAAAGUGCCCAAGGACCUCGAGGGCGGGUUCUGGGUGCAGCCGACCAUCUUCACGGACUGCACGGACGACAUGCGCAUCGUGCGGGAGGAGAUCUUCGGACCCGUGAUGUCGAUCCUGACGUACGACACCGUCGACGAGGCCGUGCGCCGCGCCAACGCGACCGAGCUGGGUCUCGCAGCGGGCGUGUUUACCAGGGACCUCAACCAGGCGCACCGCAUCAUCGACCAGCUGCAGGCGGGCAUCACGUGGGUGAACUCGUGGGGCGAGAGCCCGGCGGAGAUGAGCGUUGGCGGAUGGAAGCAGAGCGGCGUUGGCGUGGAGAACGGCCGGCGAGGCAUCGAGAUGUGGGUGCGCAACAAGAGCACGCUGGUUGACAUGAGCGGGUCGGUUGCCACGGCUUUUGCGAAGUUGUAG